AUGUCCAACGCAGAGGCCUCGAUCAAUAUUGGUGGCUCCAACGUUCCUAUUACUGUCACGCAACAAAACAUAGAAGUCGCGUCAGUACUUAAAUUUAAACCUUUUGAGGAAUGGGUUUCUACUUUAUCCAACAAAGUUCUUACUACAGAUAAGAAAGAACUUGAAGUUAAUAAAAUUGAAAUUCAAAAUGUCGAUUAUUUUGGAUCGAAAAUUGGAUUCAUUAAAUUUAAAGUAGACGCAAAACUCGUUGAAAAUGGAAAAAAUGUGCCUGGAAUUGUUUUUAUGAGAGGUGGUGCAGUCGCAGUAUUACUAAUUCUUCGAUCUAAAGAUCCAAAUGAUCAAAUGUUAAAGGAGCACGUUGUUAUUACAUAUCAACCACGCUUGCCUGUUCCAUCGUUUAAUUUCCCUGAGAUACCUGCAGGAAUGCUCGAUGGAUCGGGCAAUUUCGCUGGAAAAGCCAGUGAAGAAAUUAAAGAAGAAACGGGAAUUGAAAUAAAAGACCAAGAUCUAAUUGAUUUGACCGAAUUGGCAUAUGGAGAUAAAUACAGAGGAGCGUAUCCAUCACCCGGUGGCUGUGAUGAAUUCUUAAGGUUAUGUCUAUGUAUUAAGGAAAUGGAUCACAAAGAGGUUAAAAGCUUGGAAGGUAAGCUUUGUGGAUUACGAGAUCACGGAGAAAGUAUUACAGUUGGAUUGGUAGAAUUGGAUCAUCUAUGGAAAAUUCCAGAUAUGAAGGCUUUAUCAGCCCUAACUUUGUAUGAUGCCUUAAAAAAGAAUGGCCAGGCACGGUCACACAUACCAACCCAUCACGUACCCGAAGCACCGAGCCUUCCCGGUGCGCUCAGAACUCAGCACCGCCAAACGUAUAGCAUCAAGGAGGAUCUGCCCACAACAAAACAAUCUCACAAAACCAACAUUAUGUCAACCCAACACCAGGGACUUCAUCGAUGUCUACACACAAUCAUGAAUUCAGCACAUGACCCAAUGACAAGUGAAACAACCGACCAUGGCAUUUCAACACACCAAGUGCAAACACCCCAGUUUUGGGCUUUACCAACCCUCAGGCUGCCAACACAAAGAGAAUCAGAUUGUGGUGGAUUCUCAAUUGCCAUUGCAACUAGAAGUUACAUUGAUCUUGUGAAGUUUGGGUACAAGAAUUUAAAAUAUAAUAAAGAAGAACAGACCUUACAAACCUUCAAGAAAGGGGUUAUUGCCUUUAAAAAUACACCCAAUUCCACAAGUUCAAUAAUAUUGCAGAAUAGCUUAUGGCUUUCUGAGCCUAUAUAG